AUGUCUCUGUCACGAGCUUUUACUACGCGCAAGCUCAAGCUGGGCUCUGAUUCCGGCGACGGCAAGGGCCCUCAUCGCUCGCAUACCCUUCGCCACAAGAUCUCGGCUCCCGUCCAGCUGGUUCACACUACCAACAUGCUCUCAUACAACGCGCCCGAUCUGCCCAAAGGCGGCCCAGCUAUUCCUGCUGUCCCUCGCGUCCCCGCCGUCCCUGCUAUUCCUACUGCUCCUGCACGAACCAACUCUGCCAAAUCUCUCGACGACUCCGACAGCUUCGCCACCAACGAAUCGACGCCGCCAACCAGCCCAGACAUUGCGACAGGCGAGCGCACGCCUUCUCCCAAGCCGAACCACCUUUCAGGCUACUUUAAGAAUUCGACCAAGACCGCUGCCCCAGUCGAGCCCGAGCCUGCGCCCGCUCCGAUGAUUCCCCAGCGUUCUCCUACGCACACCAAGAAGAACUCGGUCGAUGCCGUUGCCAGGUCGCGAUCCAUAUCCCGCAUUUCUCGAGAUUCAGAUCUGUCUGCCGCGUCCCGGAGUCUCCAGGCCUUCUCCCGAACCCCGUCCGUAUCGACGCACUCCUCGGCGCAUUCUUCAUCCAUCUCGAAUCGAUCUUUGAAACAGCCUACAUCGCCCGCAGCCCCCGCAGCCCCCAUGGCUUUCGCAGCCCCCAGGGCUCUCAAGACUCCUACGGCUCCUACGGCCCAAUCAGCCCCGACCCCCCUGCCUGUGCAACCUCCCAUCUCAGCGCAACAUCACGUAUCCAAGGACUCUAAUCCUUUUGGACCGGAACUGGGUCAAUUGACGGAACUUGCGGAAGAGUUUAGCUCCGUGACCCAGAUGGAGCUAGCUGACGAGGACUCGGAGUACAUCCGCUCCAAGGGCCUCGUCAGGCUGCGUCCCGACGACUAUCUGAGCAUGAUCCAGGGCAUGUCUUCCAUCUUCUUCUCGGAACCUAGUCACCCAGCUCCUGCAGCUGCGGCCCCGCUCUGGAUCUAA